GGGGACGGUAUAUAAGGGACACACAAAUGGCAGAUUAUCAGUUCCUGAGACCAGCACAGAGAACCCAAGAUGGCAAGGUGUCUUAUUCUGGGACUGACAGUGACAUGCAUCAUUGCCCUGGUCACCAGCACUCCAGUACAAUUUGAUGAAAUGAUUAAAGUGACCACCAUCGUUUAUGGCCUAGCUAACUUCUCUGAUUAUGGCUGCCACUGUGGUGCCAACACCGGAGGAAGACCCGUGGAUGCCAUUGACUGGUGCUGCCAUGAACAGGCCUGCUGCCACAAUGAGGCUGAAAUGAGAGGAUGCAACCCUGUGGUUCAGACAUACCGCUUCUAUACCGAAGAGGAACAAAAGGUUAAAUGCAUGAAAGCUCGUGAUCGCUGUGAGAAGAUGGUCUGUGAAUGCGAUGAAAAGGCUGCAAAUUGUUUCCGGAAAGAGCUGGAAAAUUACAAUGUAUAUUUCCGAAACUUCUCAGCCCUGGGAGUGUGCAGAGGGCCAAGGCCUUUUUGUUAGUGAAAACACCACAUAUCAUAUGUUCUUAUUGUAGAAAUUAGGAUAUAUUGCUUGCUUAGUAGACUUGGCUGUUGUGGUAAUCCAGAGAGCAGAAAUAAAAUAAAAUUAAAUAUUCCCUCCAUGCGCUUUAUGUUUUAUUAUAUUGCAAAGGGCAGUCAGCUAUGAUGGGCCCACCCAUUGCGGAUCAUAUGCCAAAUGCUUAUUAUGAUGACUCUGGAACAUGAUGAUGCUCACUUAUACUGACUAAACACCAUACCAUAAGAACCAACCAGACAUAAUUUUUUAAAAGUAGAGAGCGUAGUGUGACAAAAAAGAGAAAUCUUAUUGGUUACUGCUCUUACACAUGUAGAAAUGAAGGCAUAUAUAACGAUAUAGACUAUUAUGCAGCUAGGUCAGCAAUAGCAGCCUAAGUUCUUUACAUUUGCUAACGAUUGUUAUCAUUCCAUCAACUGUGGCUCAAUAGUGUGUGUUUUGUGGCUUUUCUCACAGCAGUUGUGAUAAAUUAGGCUCCAGCAGGGAUUUAUAUUAUAUAGUCCAAUUGAAUGUUCAGUUUAAUCCAGCUAAAGACAUUCCAGGUGCAUCAAAACAAAAGGUGUUCAAAAAGUUUUUCUUUAGAAAGCUGCCACAACCCAAGUAGACAAUUAUGCCCCUCACCAGUAGACUGCAGUGUGUGAGGGGGGUCUCUCUGCGGAGGUCCGACAUGCCCCUCUCCUGAGUCAGAGCUAGAGCUCUCUAAUCAGCAGGGAGCAUGAGCUGUUUUUAUUGCCAAUAUAUAGGUCUGACACAGCAGAGGGCAUGUCAGACCUCUACGAGGAGGCCACUGCUUCCAUACUUAGAGCAAGGGUCCUUCGAAACAGCAUGCUGGUAGAGGUGGGAUUUUCUACUGUGAUGUGCGUUGGGCUCCAUUAGUUGUGUGUCUAUAGGUUUCAGUGAUGGAAAUAUGUUUCUGCUCACUGAGACGGACUUUUACCCAAAUACGGGAUCAGAGUAAGCAUUGGUGUUGGGGAUAUGGGUAGCUUAGGAAUGUAGUUUAUUGUUUCCUCAGAUUUGGUCUAGGAGUAUUUGGGUCAUGAUAUAGAAGCAUGCUGUUGGGGGCAGUGCCAUUGUAUAUGCAUAUGGAGUGGAUUUAGGAAAAGGGGAGAAAAUGGUGCAGAUAGAUAGUACUCCAGUUUUUAGAAAUCGGCCUCAUAGUUAACACAAUCUUGCAAACUGCUGUAAUAAAAUCUAACAUUCUGAUUUAUGAAGAAAAUGGUACAUUAUUGCAAAAUAAAUAGUGCCUUCUGUAACCACACAAUAAAAGAGACAUUUUUCCAUCCUGGCCUAUAACCUUUGACCCAAUCAGUUCAUUUGUAAUCAGUGACAUCAGGAAGGAGUAACAAUAUGCAAAUGUAUUUGUAGGCUCAGUAAUAGUUCAGGCCGCAACAAAAUAGCUACCACUUGCCUCUGUAGUUAACACAAACUUUGUAAAAUCUGGAUAAAAAACACAAAUAAACUGCUCUGUACAUACAGUAUUUGCUUUUCGUGCUUUCAAAAUUAUCUGAAAAGCCCAGCAUAUGUUCAGACUGCAAUUAUUAAAAUAACUGGCCCAGUUAGUGUACUUGGAAAACUCUGAUCUUAUUGGAAUUUUAAUUAAAGGCUUAAUUAAAACA